AUGGCGUCCGUGCGGCCUUGCAAUCGGUUGGUGGGUUUGAAGUGCUUCCUCUGUCUGGAAGAUCUGAUGCCGCCGCUGCCGCCUCACACGUGUCCGUCGCACGCGUACAGCAGCCGAGCGCAUGUUCCGAAACUUCGGAGCUACGUGUCUGACCCAACCUCGAAGAGAUAUGGUAGAACGUGUUUUGCUGCAGUCUUUUUCUGUCUUGGCGCCCUAGGAGAUUGCCCGCUUCUGGCAUUUGGAGAUGCUGGGAUGGCUGGCGCAUUCUACCUUACAGGCUCCGUCGCCCUGGACCAGCAGGGCACCCAGUUUUUCAAUCCUUUGUUUCCAAGUCGCUCUUUUUGCACCGGCGCGAAAGCAUGCGUUGUCGAACUUCACCCAUUAACUUCACCCAUCAAUGCAGGGGGCAGAAGCUUCGCAGAGUAG